AGUGGUUUGGCCGCGGCGACCCCUCUGGCAGCGCGAUCCCCCGCGCUUGGUACGGCUCAGCCCGUCGCCCCUCGGUCGGUGGCCCGCGGCAGCCCCCUGCCCGCUCCUGCUGCCAUGGUCCGUCCGCGCCGCGCUCCGCACCGCUCCGGCGCUGGGGGUCCCCUCGGGGGUCGCGGCCGCCCCCCGCGGCCGCUCGCGGUGCGCGCCGUGCGCUCGCGCUCCUGGCCCGCCAGCCCCCGGGGGCCGCAGCCGCCGCGGAUCCGGGCCCGCUCGGCCCCUCCCAUGGAAGGCGCUCGGGUCUUCGGGGCCCUGGGUCCCAUCGGGCCCUCCUCCCCCGGCCUCUCCCUCGGGGGCCUGGCGGUCAGCGAGCACCGGCUCAGCAACAAGCUGCUGGCCUGGAGCGGCGUCCUGGAGUGGCAGGAGAAACGCAGGCCGUACUCGGACUCCACGGCGAAGCUGAAGCGCGCGCUGCCCUGCCAGGCCUACGUGAACCAGGGCGAGAACCUGGAGACCGACCAGUGGCCGCAGAAGCUGAUCAUGCAGCUGAUCCCGCAGCAGCUGCUGACCACCCUGGGCCCCCUGUUCCGCAACUCGCAGCUGGCUCAGUUCCACUUCACCAACCGGGACUGCGACUCGCUCAAGGGGCUCUGCCGUGUCAUGGGCAACGGCUUCGCCGGCUGUAUGCUCUUCCCCCACAUCUCGCCGUGCGAGGUGCGCGUGCUCAUGCUGCUGUACUCGUCCAAGAAGAAGAUCUUCAUGGGCCUCAUCCCCUACGACCAGAGCGGCUUCGUCAACGCCAUCCGGCAGGUCAUCACCACCCGGAAACAGGCAGUGGGCCCCGGGGGCGUGCACUCAGGCCCUGUCCAGAUCGUCAACAACAAGUUCCUGGCCUGGAGCGGGGUCAUGGAGUGGCAGGAGCCCAGGCCUGAGCCCAACAGUCGCUCCAAGAGGUGGCUGCCAGCGCACGUCUACGUGAACCAGGGGGAGAUCCUGAGGACGGAGCAGUGGCCCAGGCGGCUGCACAUGCAGCUCAUCCCGCAGCAGCUGCUGACCACGCUGGUGCCGCUCUUCCGGAACUCGCGCCUGGUGCAGCUGCACUUCACCAAGGACCUGGAGACGCUCAAGAGCCUGUGCCGCGUCAUGGACAACGGCUUCGCCGGCUGCGUGCACUUCUCCAAGGCGGCGUGCGAGGUGCGCGUGCUCAUGCUGCUCUACUCCUCGGAGAAGAAGAUCUUCAUCGGCCUCAUCCCGCACGACCAGGCCGGCUUCGUGAGCGGCAUGCGGCGCGUCAUCGCCAACCAGCAGCAGGUCCUGCAGCGCAACCUGGAACAGGAGCAGCAGCAGCGCGGGAUGGGGGGGUAGCGCCCCCUCCCCCGGGCCUGGCCCCUCCAGGAGUCAGCCGAGGCCGCGUGGAGACUGGUCAGAUUCUUCCGAGCAAGGCCCCGGGGAUGGCACUGCCCAGCGACGUGGAGGACGGUGUCGCGAGGACGCCAGGACGGGCCCGCCCCCCGACUUCCCCAAUAAAGCCUUUCAAAAGCA